AUGUUUGGUCCAGUCGGGUGCGAACAAGCUAUUGUUACAUGUGAUUGCUUUAUAUUACGACAGUCACAGCGGUUAGACAGCAUCAGUCGAAUUUCGUCAAAUAUGGGCGAACUGGAACCUCAAAAUUACACAAAGCGCCACGAAGAAUGCCCCGAUUUGCACUCGCUGUUCCCUUCAAGUGUGUUGUAUCGCGGUGCCGUCUCGUGUUACGUCUGUCACACCGAACCACACCGGUGGAAACCAAACGCAGUUUGCAUCAAGCAGCGUGUGGAACAAUCCCAUGUGAAGGAGUGA